AUUUUGCUUUCGGUGAUGUGCCUGGAUUUAUUUCAAUUUCCAACUUUGACACUUACAAUGACGAGGAUUACCAAGAGGUCAGGAGGUGCCCAGGACGAAUCCUUGCCAUGACAUACACAUCUGGAACAACUGGUCGAUCCAAAAUUGUUGAAAUCGCGGAGGAACGGUUUCUUGGAAAAGUCUGCGGAAUUGAGGCUACCGGUCUGUGCAGCGUGGACGACGUAUUUCUGGCCUGCGAAUACCUCACCAUAUACUUGUCAUUUUCCUUGAACUUAAGGUUGAUAUGCUGCGGUGUCCGCUUGGUGAUCAGUGACAAGUAUUGGUCGGCGGACCACUUUCUUUCUACGGCCAAAGAUGAAAAGGUGACCCUUCUUGUGACGACACCUUCUGUGCUAUAUCUACUAGCAAGCGCUGUCGCGGCUACGGGUACGAGGCUUCCUUCACUGAGGAAGGUGGUCAGCGUAGGUGCAACUCUACCGAAGAGCAAGGCGGUGUUCGUGAUCUCCACGUUGAAGCUUACGGAAUUCAGGAACAGCUAUGGCAUGUCUGAGGCGGGUGGGGACGUCUGCCUCCCCCCAGCUGGUCAGUUAUGUUUCGACAGCGUAGGAUUUCCUGUUGCCGGUACACAAGUGAAGGUCAUUGAUCCAGAGUCCCACAGGACGAUGCCGCCGCUGGAACGCGGUGAAAUAAUGGUGCGUUCGCCUAACAUCAUGGUCGGCUACUACAAUGACCGCGAGGCAACAGCUGCCGCUAUCGACGCGGACGGCUGGCUGCGCACAGGGGACAGUGGCUACUACGACGUUUCUGGCCGGCUGUUUUUGACCGAGCGGCUGAAGAGCGUCAUCAAGUGUUUCGACACAAAGGUGGAGCCCUUCGAGGUGGAGCAAUGUGUUCUCGAGCUACCCUGUGUGGCUGAAGUAGCCGUGCUUGGCGUGACUCACCCGGUGCUCGGAGAGGCACCCGCCACCAUUGUUGUUCUGCGAGGAAAAUGGCAGCCGGAGAACCACGGCUCCAUCGCACAGCGGAUCAAAGAACACGUGACAGAGAGACUGGCUGUUUACAAGGGACUACAUGGCGGGAUAGUUUUCGCUGAGGAGUUGCCAAAAACUACAAGAGGCAAAGUGCUGAGGCGCCUUCUCAUGGCCGAGUUUGUAAAACUUAAGACGGCCGGAUUGUUUUAUUGAAUGAUGCCCAGGACAUUCGGAGAUGUUUGUUCCGAUUUACUUUUCCUACAAGUUACAGGUGAUGGAACAUCAUUAUAAAAUAACAUGAAUAAAAC